AUGGCCAUGCCCAUCGUCGUUUUGUCGGCCCGGGGUCUCGUUGCCCGCCUGCCCGGCGUCGUGGCCCGUCCGACCGGUUAUUAUGCCUGGCGUCGUCACGCCCGGCGUUGUGGCCUGCCCAGUGUCAUUACGCCGGGCGGCCGUGGCCCGCCCAUCGUCGUUCGUCGCGACCUGCCCAUCGCCGUGGCCCGCCCGGUCUCGUUGCCCAACCAGCGCCGCGACCCACCCCCGGGAUCACUGCGCCCGGUGUCGUUGUCCACCCGGCCCCCGAUUGCUCAACGGGCGGCGUCACCACCCACCCAGCGCCGUUCCCCGCCCAGUCGCAUUGUCUGA